GGCACAGGAAAGACCAACUGACCCGCCCCAAAGUGGCCCCUCGCGGCCCCUCGGCGACCUCCCCGGCCGCGCGCUUCCAGGGAAAGGCCCUCGAGCACCCCGCCGCCGGCCUCCGAGCCCCUCUCCCAGGCACUUCCGGGGGCCGCCGCCCUUUGCCCCCGGAAGUGGGCGGGAGAGGAAGCGGCUGGUGAUGCUGGAACAAACAUGGCCGCCCCGGCGCCCGUCGGCCCCUCGGGCUCCUGCUGUCCUCCGCGGGUCGCGGGCCUCCGGCUGCUGCCGCUGCUGCCGCUGCUGCCGCUGCUGGCUCAGCCCGGCCUGGGCCGCGUCCACCACCUGGCGCUCAAGGACGAUGUGAGGCAUAAGGUUCAUCUGAACACCUUUGGAUUCUUCAAGGAUGGGUACAUGGUGGUUAAUGUCAGUAGCCUUUCAGUGAAUGAACCUGAAGGAGCCACAGACAAGGACACAACGAUUGGAUUCAGCCUGGACCGUACAAAAAACGAUGGAUUUUCUUCUUAUCUGGAUGAAGAUGUGAAUUACUGCAUUUUAAAAAAACAGUCUGUCUCUGUCACCGUUCUGAUCCUAGACAUCUCCAGAAGUGAGGUGAGAUUAAGGUCCCCACCAGAAGCUGGCACCCAGCUACCCAGGAUCGUCUUCCUCAAGGCCGAGCAGGUCCGCGGCCGCAGCCCGGAGCCCGGCGUGGGCCCCGCGCCGGCAGCCACCCAGACCCCGCGAAGCCCAGACCGUGGAAAGUCUAAAAGAAGUACCGUGGAUUCCAAGGCAACAGGAGAAAAAUCCUUUUCUGUUCGCAAUAGCGAUGGGGCCGUUUCUUUUCAGUUUUUCUUUAACAUCAGCACCGACGACCAGGAAGGCCUCUACAGUCUGUAUUUCCACAAGUGCUCUGGGAACGAGGUGCGGCCCGGCGACCAGCUCUCCUUCAGCCUCGACAUCGAGAUCACGGAGAAGAACCCUGACAGCUACCUCUCGGCCGGCGAGAUCCCGCUCCCCAAGCUGUACGUCUCCAUGGCGUUUUUCUUCUUCCUCUCUGGGACCGUCUGGAUUCACGUCCUCCGAAAACGACGGAAUGACGUAUUUAAAAUCCACUGGCUGAUGGCGGCCCUGCCCUUCACCAAGUCUCUCUCCCUGGUGUUCCACGCGGUCGACUACCACUACAUCUCGUCCCAGGGCUUCCCGAUCGAGGGCUGGGCUGUCGUGUACUACAUCACUCACCUCCUGAAGGGGGCGCUGCUGUUCAUCACCAUCGCGCUCAUCGGCACCGGCUGGGCCUUCAUCAAGCACAUCCUCUCCGACAAAGACAAGAAGAUCUUCAUGAUCGUCAUCCCGCUCCAGGUCCUGGCGAACGUGGCCUACAUCAUCAUCGAGUCCACCGAGGAGGGGACCACGGAGUACGGGCUGUGGAAGGACUCUCUGUUUCUCGUGGACCUGCUGUGCUGCGGGGCCAUCCUCUUCCCAGUGGUGUGGUCCAUCAGGCAUUUACAAGAAGCAUCAGCCACAGAUGGAAAAGCUGCUAUCAACUUAGCAAAGCUGAAACUUUUCAGACACUAUUACGUCUUGAUCGUCUGCUACAUUUACUUCACCAGGAUCAUUGCCUUUCUCCUCAAACUGGCCGUCCCGUUCCAGUGGAAAUGGCUGUACCAGCUCCUGGAUGAAACGGCCACGCUGGUGUUCUUUGUGCUGACGGGGUGCAAGUUCCGGCCGGCCUCGGACAACCCCUACCUGCAGCUGUCUCAGGAGGACGACCUGGAAAUGGAAUCCGUAGUGACGACGUCGGGGGUGAUGGAGAACAUGAAGAAGGUCAAGAAGGUGACCAACGGCUCGGUGGAGCCCCAGGGCGACUGGGAAGGCACCGCGUGACGUGACCGAGCGGCCUGGAGGCGGGGACCCUCGAAGAGAACAUUUAAUUUAUUCAUGGUCCUGGUGGUGAGCCGAGGGGUCGGCACCUCCCGGCGGUGACACCACAGAGCACGUGGCUGGGAACAUGGUGCCACGGAAACCUACUUUUUUAGUCUCUUUUAUGGAAACUGGAUCUGCGGCUGGUCAUAGGCAGCUAGAAAUCUCCUUCCGGUGGGGAUGGUGGGGGGGGAGCAUAGACGGGAGGAUAAAACGAAGACUCGUUUAAGUUCUAUUUCUUUCUUUUCCUUCAUUGGGAACUCUCCAGGGGUAUGCAGCCAUGCCCCGCCGUGUGUAGCGCCAGAGACUGUGGGGGAGGGGGCAGGGGGGCGGCGGUGCGGGGCCCGAGCUGGUCAGGGAACCAAAGCCCAAACCCAGUUUGGUGUAUGGAGCUGGCCCCUGAUUCCUGGCCCCGAGUGUCCCCCCGACCCUGGUCCCAGAUUCUGAAAGAGACCCGGAGCCCGCAGUUCUGGACGCACAGUGCUCCUCUUCCCAGAAGGGCUCUGUCGUUCCAGGGCUGAACGUCCCCGUCAAGUGUCACGGCUCAGGGACCGUGGAGGGAAGUGCGCCUGGCUGGGCCUCUCGGGGGUGGACGGCGGCCGGCUCCCGGGUGGUUUUCUCGCCCCUGGCCUGAAGAGUGCCUCAGAAGCCGAAGGGUUUGGGGGAGGCGCUCAGCCUCCAGGGUUUGGCCACCUGGAGAGAAAGCCGUUUUCUCUCCCGGACGACAGGGCGGGAGCGCCCACCAAAGUCCCCUCUGUGGUCCGUGCCUCUUCUGCUCGGAGCUCCACCGCGGCAGGGCCUGCAGUGCGGGCAGGGGCCUUCGCGGCCCCGCGGCUGCUGUGCACCCCACCGCAGAGGUUAGGGAAGGGGCCGCGCGUCUCCCCACCUUCAGGGGCGAGGAAAUACACCCUAAGUGCUUCUGUGAGGGACCUUUUCUUCCCUUCCUUCCUUCCUUCCCUCCCCCCUUCUUCCCUCCCUCUCUCCUUUUUCUGUCCAUGGUUAGGUUGGGGCUGCAGGACAGGAGGACGAGGUUACAGGGAGGACGGGAAUUUUAAGGCUUUGUUUUCGUGGCGUAAACACCGUUCUAGGAUUUCUGACGUGUGUCUCGUGCUGUGGCCCUAACCCCCUAGGGGCGUCCCUCUGAGGGGCGGAUCUGCUGUCCGUCCUGUGAGCAGAUGUGCCUGACUAGGCCGUAGACUUCUUGGCAGGGCCUGGCAGGUGGGAUGCAGCCUUCCCGCUAGAAGGGUCCCUGCAUAAGCGAAGGAGGGAGGGCGGGAGCGAGCGGGCCUGGGCGCCUCCAGCCGUCAGGAGCCCCAAGCCCCCAGGCCUCAGCCACCACGGCGCGGUGAGAGCCUGAGGGUUGGGCUUCUCCAUGCAACACGGUGCCUCUCGCCGUGCACACCGCAGCCGAGUGGCCGCCUGUGGCGCCCCGACCCCUGUGGAACCGGAAGGUGCGGGCAAGAUAAGGCAGGGAUUUAGGAAAGAGGGCUGACAAGCAGGGCCUCCACCCCCCGCUUGUGACCGGCAGCAGUGAAGUGAGGCCAGCGAUCACGAGAUGUCAGACCCCAGCCCGAGACCUGCAAAGCUGCCUCUCCCCCGUUUGUGCAGGGUACCUGUGCUCUCCGUCCUGCUCGGGGAAAAUGUCUUCUCUUCGUCCGUCAACGUGGCAGCUGUGGCCAGCGUUCGGCUGUGCCCCUGAGGGAAGGGGACGGUUGGGGUCCCAAGCCAGACAGGUGUGCAGGCCCCUCCAACGGCCGGGUUCCCACAGCCGCGGGGGCUCAUGUGACACGGGGCUGCCACCGCUAAGCCCUUCAGUAUUUCAGGGACCGGGCGCGCGUCAUGGAGUGAUCGGCAGUGUUUAUAACUUUGCGUUGCGCUCCUGCUGCCUGUUUCUGCUUCCUGAGAAAUCUGUGGACCGGAAGUGUAGCCGGCCGCGCAGGUUCAGGAAGUAAAGGUCUAUUUUCCUCCAGCGAGAUGUGUGCACUUUGCUAGAAAAUUCCUGCUUCGACCAUAAGAACAGUCAUCGAUCCCUUAGUCCUGGCUUUUUACAGUGGCGGGAGACCCAGGGGAGCCUGCUUCUUGGUUCCUUGAUGCUUUAAGAUUUCAGUAGCAGCGCACUUGAACUUGCUGGAUGCAACUCAGGUGACCCGGAGGCCCGUUCUUCCCUUAGGAGGUGCUUCCUCUAGUGUAAAAGAUGGCUUCUCAGGUCACAGCCUGAGUCCGUUCAGUUUUCUUCCCAGAAACCACCUUGGAGUCAGGCGUCCAGGUCUGGUUUGCCUUUUGGACACAGCCAGCGGCCCCACGGCGCGGUCACGUCGGACGUCUGCUCCGAGAGCCUGUGGAGUGAGAUUUCUGCCCCUGCGUUAUGAACUCAUCCGGGAUCUGCCCUGUCUUGUUCCACGGCCCGUCCCCCGCCCCCUCCCCGUCAGCCCCCGGCUAUCGAUCGCACAUGGGCUCAGUCUGGGAAUCCGGGCUGAAGGCUUUGGUGCAUUGCAGCAUUUCCUCUCAGUCGCCGUGUGAAGGGCGUGCUUCCUGAGCCAAGGAGAGCUUUGUCCAGACGCAUAUGCUCUGCUGCACGUUAUGCUCUGGGCCCCUGCACUCAGAUCAGCACUGGCGAGUCUCGUCCCGGGAGCCGCUCCUUACAGACCAAGAAGCGCAUGAAAGAUGCCUGUUUGAACCGCGAGGGGCGUCCUGGUCUCUCCCACGUCCUUCGGCAUCUUCUCCAAGGAAGGUCCUUAGAAUAUAGUCCGAUGAGGUGGUUGGUCCUGCCCCAUACAGCCCACGGGGCGGCGGGCAUGGCCGGGCUCUGGCUGACGAGGCGCUGGGUUCCAUGGGAAGCAGACCCCGCCCCUCCCAGCCCACUCCCACACCCCACGCUCCCCGCUCUGCUCCCCUGCCUUCUCACAGAUGGCCGUGUGCCGGGUCCCCUGGCCUCCUGCCUGCUCCUCCCGUUCAGGAUCCGGUAAAUGAGUAGCUUCCCCACUAAAGAAGUUAGGCUUCGACUUUGCUCCUUCCUGGUCUGUCGGGAAGCCCUGGACCGGGAACGUCCGUGUGUUCUGAGAUUGCUCUUUACUCCAGGCUGCGUGGGCAGCAGGUCGUUAAAGAGACGCACCUGAGUUGAUGCUAAUCCUGGUCACUCUAGGAAUGUGGUUACUGAUUGGUGUGCUGACCGCUCCAGGGUCCCCAGGGCCCCUCUCCCGUAGCCCGGGCGUGCAUCUGUCCCCACCGUGGGGUUUGUGCUUGAAAAAUGCUUCCCGACGGCUCUCUGCCACGCCAUGGCACGGGCACAGCCCCGGAGGCACUGUGAGUGGAGCGCAGCCUGGCAGAGAAGCCCUGGGCCUUCUGGGAGCAGGGGUGCGGUCGGGCUGCACCAGGGACUGUCGGAAUUCCGGGGCCAGGCUGUCUGCAGGCAGGCCCCCUGGGAGGGAGCGGUUCUGGGCAAAGUCAGGAAGGGUCGCAGUGAGACCGAAAAGCUAACUCACUCCGGAGAGUGGACACUCAUUUUGAGGCAGGCCGUGGGGUGUUGCAGUGGACAGCCAGGUCAGAGGGGCCCGGAGCCUCAGCCUCCGCAGCAAAAGGAUCCCCGGAUCCUGUCCACGUGGGGGCGGGGCGGUUCUUGCCACCCUAAGCAGCUUUUGCCCACCGUGAUUCGGGUUUACCUGGUCAUGUGACCUCAAAAGGAGUCAGACGCUUCUAGUCUGGAAGUAAGGUUCGUUUGGGGGAGAAAACGUCUGUAAAUCGCAUCUGCUUUCCAGGGUAGGUUGGGAUGCAAGAGUUCGCAGUACUUUUUUUUUAACACUGAUACUCACGGAAAGUAUUUAUGUAGACGUGUAAUGGGUGGGGGUUCCGAUCAGGGUGACAGAUGGGAUGGGUCCCCUUGCUGUGAUGCAAACAUGUACAAUAAAGAUUCUCUGACGGAAA